AUGAAAUUAUUACUGUCAUUAUUGCCGUGCCUGGUUGUUGGCUUGGAAUCUUCUCAAGUGGCCCGGCUUUUAGUAAAUUCGACCGAGAACGAUCCUUGGAUAUGGGUAUCGCACCCAGAGGACGAUCGCAUUAGAUCGGUUUUCUUCUACACUGAGUUCGAAGGAGGAAAGUGUCCCGCAUACGAUUACAAGUUCGACACCGAUCUCGUUCAUCCCUGGGCUAUAAGGGAGUACCUCAACGAUACUCUGAGGAUUUCCACCAUCACAGAGACCAAUGUUAACGAGACCGUGCUUGAAAGCUACAGGAUUAAGUCUUUAGGCAGCAAAGUUCUGGUGGAGCCUACGAGCCGAGUUUUUACCGUAUCCCAAAACCCAUCUGAGUGCGAGAAACUUCGUAGAUCUAUGAAGUACUGCCUGCCCACGAUUUCUUACCACAAUGAGCAGCCGAUUAACUGCAGUGGACGUAUAAUAUUCACUGAGAAAUUUGGAAAUAAGGAGAACCCGUUCAAGAAUUGGAGACAUGUUGUGCAAUCUCAAUUACUGGAACCGGAUUACGAGGGUGUGGCGUUUGUGAAUCGUCAAGCUAACUCGUUUGUCGAAAACAACAUGUUGCACCUGAAGGUCACCAAAUCAAACUACGGGUCGAAGAAUCCAUUCUAUCUGCAGAACUGCACUUAUAGGGACACCGAUUCAAACCAGAGAUGCGGCGAAAAGAAUUACAGGCCCCAGUUCAGGAAGUUCUUUCCGCCCUUUGAUUCGGCUAAGCUGCAGUCAAAGGACACAUUUAAGUAUUGCAGAAUCGACAUUGAGGCCAAAAUGCCCAUAGGGAACCUUCUUUUUCCAGGACUGACGCUGACAUCGAUCGAUCAGGAUGCCAUUCGAAUUGCCAUUGUUCGGGGUAAUAAGAACCUAAGUGACUUUGCUAGCAACGAAAUCGGAGGGUCUUCACUCUUUGCCGGAGCAAUUCUCAUAGAAGGUAAAGGUCGGCCCUAUGAAGUGGAGGAAUUUUCCAGUAGAAGCGAUCACUUCGGAAAUGAUUUUCAUACCUACACGGCUAUUUGGAAGGAACGGAGUAUAAUCUUUAAGGUAGAUGGGCGCACCUUUGCUCAAAUAAAAAACGAAACAGUCGUUAAAAGUCUGAGUCAAAUAGAACGUCGCAUUGAACUAUUUUUAACUGUUGGAGGAGAGUACAAUUUUCCGGACAAUCGCAUUCCAACAAACUUUAAAAGCUAUCGUAAUUUUGACACUGGCUUAUCCUUUAAAAUAAAGGACGCUGUUAAAAAGGGUACGAACUGGGAGCAAGCUGAGAUGAUAAUUAAAAACAUUAAUGUUUUUUCCACUGAUGAGUACGAAGACUAAAUUUAAAGCAUAUAUAUAAACUAUAAAAUAUAAUAAAUACAAAGUUAAACAUCA